GUAAAAGUUAUGAAUGACUCGUUCUGGCUCCGCCCUUUUGUGUAGCCGGCUAACUGUUAGCAUCUGCAUCUAAACUGACGGCUACUGCCACGAUCAGGUUUUGUCCAAAUGGAUUACACACCAACUCAGAGCGGGUUCAGACAGCGUAAGUUACAGCCCAAUAUGCGUCUGAGGAGCCCCGUGGACGGCUUACAGGGCAGCCAGCUGUUUGAGGAUACGAGUGGAGCUGCACACGGACUGCACAGAGGCAACCAGCAGGCCGGGCCUCAAGCAGCAGGGCUUUCCAGCCAGUCCAUCCUGUCAGACCCCAUGUCCAACAUGGCCUUGGCAUACGGAAGCUCACUAGCAUCCCAGGGAAGGGAAAUGGUGGACAAGAAUCUGGACAGGUUCAUCCCAAUUUCUAAGAUGAAAUAUUACUUUGCUGUGGAUACAGUGUACGUUGGGAAGAAGCUGGGCCUUCUAGUGUUCCCUUACAUGCACGAGAACUGGGAGGUGAGCUACCAGAAGGACACUCCUGUGGCUCCGCGCUUUGAUGUGAACGCUCCCGAUCUCUACAUCCCCGCCAUGGGCUUCAUCACGUACGUCCUGGUGGCCGGACUGGCCCUCGGCACACAGAACAGGUUUUCUCCAGAGCUGCUGGGCGUUCAGGCCAGCUCGGCGUUGGUGUGGCUGAUAAUGGAAGUCCUGGCGGUCCUGCUGUCCCUCUACCUUGUGACCGUCAACACCGACCUCACGACCAUUGACCUGCUGGCCUUUUCCGGCUAUAAAUAUGUUGGGAUGAUCGUAGGAGUCGUAGCGGGCCUGUUGUUUGGGAGGCCGGCGUACUACCUCGCUCUACUGUGGUGUUGUGCAGCCAUCUUUGUCUUCAUGAUCAGGACCCUGCGUCUGAAGCUGUUGUCUGAGGCGGCGGCAGAGGGGAGACUGGUGAGAGGAACCAGGAACCAGCUGAGGAUGUACCUCACCAUGUCGAUAGCAGCGGCACAGCCCGUCUUCAUGUACUGGCUCACCUACCACCUCGUCAGAUAAAACCCACACUCACCCAUCGUGUAGAUGGAUGCCAUCGUAUCCACCUUCAACGCUCAAGAACACACACACACAUAAGAGGAGCUGGACUUGUACGAAACGCACAACCGAAAUUGUCUGGAAAAUAUCCCAUCGCCUCGCAGACGUUGAGUCAGACGCACAUCAUGUGUCCAUGGAGCCAAAGCAACGCGUGCUACAUGGCGUUUAGUAGACGAGUGGAGGCACGGCUGCCUUUUCUCUCACAGCCCGCCGUCGUCAGUGUGUCUGUUUUUAUGUAAAGUCCUCCAUGUACAGAAAUGUAAAUGAGCUAGAAGUUGGUUUUCUAUUCGUUGUAAUUGUUUGUUGAUUGUGUUUUUUUAGUAGUAUUUAAGUAUGCUUGCGUACAGCGAAAGUAUUAUCGUACACGUUGCUCUGGACUGAUAUUUAAUGUGUUUUUUCUGAGCCGACUAAAGAAAGCACACUGACCUCAUAGAAACCGUCCGUUUAAUGACAAGAAAGAAGUCUAAUGCAGGUUUGAAAAUGUUUCCCGGCUGAGAGAAAUACCUGUUUUGUCAUUGUUGGAUCUGGAAACGAGGGUCUUUUUUUCAAGAAUAGAAACAACUGUUUAUAAGCCACGACAUGAAGGUGUAAAGGUCGCAAAUAAAUGUCAAGUUGACUAUAUAUCCUUUUUAGAAACUGAGUAAAUUAUUUAGAGCUUUUCAAAUUGAAAGAUGAAAAAGACAACCGUGGUCUUUUUCCGGGAAAAGUAUGUCAAAUACUCUUGUGCUUGUAAAAUAAUCUAAUGAGUUUUUUUUAUGGUUGCCAAUGUCAGAUCAAACCAGGGUGGAAUCACAUUUAUUUAAAUUAAGUCUGGAAGCUUUUCAAAAUUCAAGAAUUUACAUUUUCACCCAAAUGUAAUAAUCAUUGACGAUUUUCAUACACAAUUGCCAAUAAAACAUUUUUCCAAUUA